AUGAGCCAACUCCUCACUCCGCGCCAGGCGGAGGAGCUACAUAAAGGAAUAAUCGCCUACCUCACCUCGGUGAAUCUCCACCACAGCUCCGCGGCCUUGCGGGAAGAGUUAGGCGACUCGGUCACAGUCGACGACACUACACUUAAGAAAUACGAGGGGCUCCUGGAAAAGAAAUGGACGAGCGUGGUCCGGUUACAGAAGAAGGUGUGUGUGUUGUGCGAAGAUCGGGACCCCAUGAUUUCCUCUUGUUAA